AUUAAAUAAAAUUAUAAAUUAUAAAAGCCAAAUUAUCCGGAAAACACGACUAUACUAAGCAUUUAAGAAUUAGUAAGAAUCUUAGAGACAUUUUGACCAUGAGGAGCUCACACAUGAUAUCACUAACAUUGUAUUUUACACUGUUUUUAGUGUGUAUUGCUUUAAUGAAAACAGUUUCUCAGCCUCUGAGAGAAACGUACAGAGUUGAAAGCGCCGUGGCAGGGAGGGAGCCCGUAAGGGGAGGAAUCGGUGGCUUUAACGGGAAAAUCUUCAGAAACAGAGUUAAAAUGUGUAUUCCUCAACUCUCUCAAGACAUUGAAAACAUGGGAUUAGAGAAAAUACCAACGUAUCAAACAAUGAGGGAAACUAUGCCAAGCAGCGUAGCCGAUGAUUCAAGUGAUGAUACGGGGGAUGAAAUCAGGACUGAAGUUAGAGGGAGAACAACUGCAAAUGAAGAAUCUCAUGCUGAUGAUAAGAAUUCCGAUUCGGAGAAACCAAAAAGGAAGGAUUCGAUGCUAAGAAGAUUCAUAAGAUGUGUAAUUGGGAGGACCGAGUCAUUAGAGAGCAUUCCGUACCUAAAAUCAUAUGAAGAGAAGAAGAAGGAAGAGGAAGGUUUACUAGAGGAAAACAGUCCAAAAGAGAAUUCCAAUGAAUGUGUGGAGGUUGAAGAACUAGGAAAAAUAAACAAAAAGGAUGAGGAUGGAAAUGUCACGUGUGAAGAGAAGGAAUUAUUUAUUGAAGAGAACACUGAAAUCAAAGGAAGAAUCAGAACUGUUAGAUUUAGCCCUGACAGAAAUGAAGAAAUGGCAAUACCGGGACCUUCCAGAGCAGUUGUGAGGAUAUUUCCGAGCGUAGAGGCCAUGCAAUUAGCGAUUGAAAGAAGAAAUAAGAAAUACGCUGAAAAUGGGUGGAAUUAAGUAAAUUAGCCAUAGGAUUCCAUUGGUGUAUAUGAUAUGUAGAUAAUGAAUAAAUGGGUGUAAAACGGUGUAAAUUUUUGAGUUUGGGGCUGAAAUUUACUAUUCAGGAUGAUAAUCAAUCUGUUUGAGGAAUGUGUAAAAAAAUAAGGGAUGAAACAUUCUUAAACUAAAAAUGACCCCCACAGUUCAUCUGACCAAUAUGCUUCCCCACCUCGUAGGAGAAAAUAGUCGUUAUA